UUUUGAAGUGUAACUACAGCUAAAAUCCAAUAUGGCCAGCCCAUUCGACGCCAUCAAUCCAGACGUGUACAAGGCGUACGUGUUUUGGUCAGCAGUGUUGGUAGCCAAGAUUUUGCUAAUGGCCCCGUUGACGGCUUUGCAGAGGUUUAAGAACAAGGCCUUUGCGAAUCCUGAGGAUGCCAGUGCGGUCAGCAAGAAGUUAAAGCCUAAGCUGGACGAUGCAGAUGUGGAGCGUGUGCGUAGGGCACAUCUAAAUGAUCUGGAGAACAUUCUGCCCUUCUUUGUCAUCGGUUUCCUGUACCAGUUAACCAAUCCUGUACCCUUUCUGGCAAUCAACCUGUUCCGAGCGGUAGCGGUCUCCCGGAUUUUACACACGCUGGUGUAUGCCGUCGUUGUUAUUCCACAGCCGGCACGUUUUCUCGCAUUCGUGGGUGGCAUGGUGCCAACUGCCUACAUGACGCUGCAGACGAUACUGUACUUCAUGGUUUAAAGUGAUUACUAGCAGUACGCAUUUACGAUAUGCACAAUAA